AAGCCCGAGUCUACCGAACGUGUCACACAGGGCACGGGCAAAUGUAUCCAAGCACCAGCUAUAGGCACCAGUCUGCCAGCUAGCGUUAAUCCAGGAAGUGUCCCGAAAACACACAUUCUACACGCGGUCUUCGAGCGAGAAAGGCACCACCAGGCAGCACAACGUUUUAGCGUGCGCGCGUACACACAUACCCAUUCGGUCGGAUCGGGUUGUGUCCAACAAACACACAUCCUUCGCUUGGGCCUGGCUGUGGAAAAACGGGGACACGAACGAGGCAGAGAACACGGAAAAGUGCAGAGGCAACAGAAUACGAAAGGCCCUCCCCCCAUUCCCGGUGCCAGGUUUUGCGCUCAGCCAUCCCGAGAAUUGAUUUUUCUUCCUCCUGUUUUCCAGGAGUUUGUUCCCGAUAUAUAUUUUGCGGUCGGUUAUACGCGGCGGAGUGUCCGGUGUGUCCGCUCGUGUCCUAUAGAGUGUAUCCCUAGCGUGAGAAUGGAUCUGUGGAAAAUUGCCUUCUCCUAGAGGGAAAAUACCGACCGAAUAAUAAUAAUAAUCAAGUGCAACCAGAAGUGAACAAAAUCGCUCCGCUCCGAAGUGUCUCAAGUAAUUUUCCUGUCCCAUCGCCGAGUGAACCGAAUUUCCCGGAGUGCGUGUGUUGUGUAGAGCUGUUUUUUGCUGCUUUUGUGGGGUGUGAAAAACGUGUGCUACAACCCAAGUUUGUCGCUGCAGAGGGCGGGGUGGGCGAAAGUCACAACCGUCGCGAAGCGAGGGAAACGAGGGACGGUGCGGAUCGAUUGCCAAAGGAUUAAAUACACACAGGGGCAAGUGGGGUAUCCCGAUUCGGACGCAAAAACGGAGCACUUUUGCACCAGUCACCAGCAGAAGCAGCAGCCGCAGGAGAACCACUCGGAGUGCUGUUAUGCCUUGCUACGCUUAAAUCAAAAUAUUUACCCAUACAUCUCAGGUGGAUUGCAAUCCUGUUUCGGGCGGGGGCAUCCGACGACGACGGGCCAAGUGCCACUGGCAGCGGAAACCGUAGGCAACCGAGGAGGAGGAGGACAGGAGGCAGAGUACGACCACGAGCAAGCAGCAGGAGGAGCAGAACUAGUGGAAAGAAGACCCUUCAGUCAGUCGUCGUACUGUAGCACCUGCCCUUACAACGCCGCCGCCGCCGCCGCAGCUGCCACCAUCGGACCCGCCACGAUGGAUGAGAGCGAAGUGAUGGCUGCGUACCUCUGGAGCAAGCAGUCCCAAGAGCUGUACGCGAGUCACGGCCUGAAGGAUCUGCACCAUCUGCACCAGGAUUUCAUCAUCAACGACUACACGGACAAGAUCGCCACCAACAUCGAUCUGCUCGACACGGAGCUCAAGUUCGCGUGGGCCGCGCUGAAUCUGCUCAACGAGGAGUACACCAAGAUGUCGGAAAAGGUCUUCAAGCUGCAGUCUUUGAACGUUUCCCAGCAGCGGAUCGUGCAGAACCUGCAGUUCAUGGAGGAGAACCGGAAGGCGUACCUGGACAUGAUACCGGACUACGCGAAGCACCACGAGUACUCGCUGCAGGAGCAGUCGAGGUUGCGGGAGGAUCUCGAGUACCGGGAUUGUAUCAACGAGGCGUACUUGAACAGCAUGCAGCAACCGUGCGGGUACGAGCUGGACCAGUACAAUCCAGCCGAGGACGAUACGGCGUACGAUCAGGAGUAUUGGAUGAUGCGCAGGAAUUUGUCCAACAUCCCGGAAGUGCUGCAGGAAGAGUACAUGAGAAUUAACCCCGAGGCACACCAGCAGGUGAUUCAGCAGCAGCAGCAGCAGCAGCAACAGCAGCAAAAUGCGGCGAGGAUGGCAACGAAUCCGUUCCUGAUGGCGGUGGAAGGAGGCGGUGGGAUUCUCAGGGAGAUCGAGCCAGCAGACAACGCGACACUGAUCGAGGAGCAGUUGCGGGCGUCGUUCCUCAAUCAUGCCAAACAGAUGGAGCUGGACUAUGGAUCACCGCUGGCUAAGCAGUUCGUGGCGGAGCGCAUCGAGAAGAUGAAGAAUGCGGAUGUGAAGGAAAUGAUCACGAAGGUGAUGGACGAUGAGGAUAUUGCGUCGUUGAGUAGUGAGGAGGUGGAAAGGGUUAGGUCGUUUAUGGCUGAGAACUACGGACAGUUGAAGGAGGUUUUUGCGGAGGAGUUUUCACCGCUUGCGAAGGAUACGAGAGUCAGACUCGUCGGGGUCAGUCCGAAGAAAGAGUUCAAUAAGUAUGCACACUUUCCGGAUGCGGCGGGAAUUGCAUCGUUGACGAACGAUGACCUGUUGACCGUGGAGGACGGAACAAUCAGUAUUCAGGACAACACAGGAACUACCGACAACGAAUUCAACCUCAACCUCAAUAAAGCCCAUCCGGUGAAUGGCGUUGGCGCUGGAUCUCCGAAGAAGCUGAUCGAAUUUUCGCCCUUUGGCCUGCAGAAGAGUCUAGCGAAGGAUAUUCGGCUGGAGAAGGAGAACAAAACGGACAUAUCAGGGAUUAAGACGUUUCAGGAGGGUAUGCUUGGUAAACCGAGCUUUUCGGAUUUGAUGAAUAGCAAACCAUGUGCGGACACUUCGUUAACAUUCACGAACUUGAAUGGGGAGCCGGAGUCCAUCUUCAGUCAGAGCUUCAAAGAAGCUGUCGAGGCAAGGCUGGCAGGACAGGCAGUUCAGAUGGCUGGAAAUAUGAUGGGUUUGGGAGAACCGGUGCCGAUGUUUCCUACUGUUAGCAUGAAGCCGAAUAUCAGCGAGGUUUUAGACGCCGCUGCCGUGGCUCCGAGUGAAAUCAGAAGACUUAGUGUGAACGAGGUUGCCUCAGGGUCGAUGGAGACUCGGCGGCCAAGUGUUACCGAAACGAUGUUUCCACAAAUAGCUAGAAAACCGAGUAUAACUAUUGCUUCAGAACUAUCUAGGAAAUCGAGUGUGAGUUCGGAGGCUUCUGAGCAUCCUCUGUUUGCGACGGUUGCACCCAAGCCAACGGAAUCAUCUCAAACUACCCCCAUCUUCCAACCUAUAGCCAGGAAGCCCAGUAUUGUGGAACCUUCAAGUCCUCCGAUGUUCACACCAUUACCAGGUCACACUACGAUAACGGACUCACCGGAAAUGCAAGCCAUCUAUGACUCGUUGUCUCGCAAAUCGAGCAUUCCAACGCUUGGCGAUGGAACCUUUUUUCCUUCUCUAGAUAUAACCGAUUCUGGGUUCGCUGAUUCUACCGAUGGAAUGUCUAUGUUCACGAAUAUCCCUCUAACACUAUCUGCCAGUGAUGCGCCCGUUAGUUUACCGGAUUACUCGACCCUGUCGGCAAUAUCCACCAUACCGGAAACCUCGGAGGCAUCUUCAUUUCUCCACAUAUCCAUGAACUCGUCAGGAAUCAGCGAAGCAUCCGAUAGUAUUUCCCUUCCCGUCUCGACUGUCGACUCAUGCGGCACAGCUAUACCUAUAACCACAGUUAGUCUAAUGCAAGCUAAGCCUACCGUAUCCAAGGAAGUUCUCCAACCGCAAGAGAAGCUAUCGAUUUUGCCACCCAUAUCAGCUGCUCCAGCUGCGCUUGCUGCCCUAGCCGACAGUAAACCGAUAGCACAAGCAACGGCUCCUCCCGUUCCCAUAGUCACAUCGGUAUCUCCAUUGACCUCGGAAGCAAAACCAAAACCAAUUGUGAGUCAAAGUUCCACCGCAGCAACGAUCGUCACCCAGAGUCCUAAGCAAACUGUAUCGAGCGUAGCUCCUGUUUCAGCUGUUGUUCAGAAAUCACCGGUUCAGGUUCAAUCACAACCGCCACCAUCAACUCAACAGCAGGAAGCCAAGGGUGGCUUCUUCCAAGUACCCACGGCGAACACCAAUCUCUUCGGGAGCUUCUUCAACAAAGUCAACAAAAACCUCUCCCACCAGGACAGCUCCGACAGUCUGAUCGGCGCCAAGUCAAAGUCAUUCUUCGCCUCGAUGAAAAGUUCCUUCUCGUUGGAUACCCCCAAACCCGCAACCGAUGAGAGCGACGCCUCGCAACAGCUUCCGAAUUCUCAGCAAUCUUCCAUCGAGCAGUCACCCCCCGCAAGUGUUCAGGUAUCCCGAACCCCAGAAGAAACCACCACUACUCCGACCCAAUCUCCAGAUGUAGCACAGACUCCGUUUCAACAGCACUCGUUGCCACAGCAAAGCUCAUCGUCACCUCAGGAACAGCAAUACACUCCCUCGGGGGACCAGGCGCAGUCGCUGCCGCAACAGAGCAGCGCAACUCCGGGCGAUGAAACCUCGGAGUUUCCCGGACUCGUCGACGGAGUGACGACGCCCAGCGCGUCCCAGCAGUCCCAGCCCUUUCCUGGAGCCGAGCCGGAACUCGACGAUGGUGAACCGAAACCGACGCACCGCAAGCAGAGCCUUUUUCGCACCCAAGGAAGUGAAGACGGCAGCAAGUGGAAGCUGCUGAAGACGCUUAAGGAGAAGAGAAUCGAAGAGAAGCAGAAGGUGGAGGAUGCGGAUGCGGAGACCGAGGAGGGAGGUAUUUUCAAGAAGGUGGAAGUCGGCAAGGCCGAGGAGGUGGAGAAGCGCAAUGGAACGACGGAUAGUGGACGCGGGAAUGGACUAGGUGACAAUACAUUCUACAGUAACAUCGAUAGCAUGCCAGAUAUUCGUCCAAGGCGGAAGUCAAUCCCGCUGGUGUCGGAACUGACGAUGGCAGCUACGAAGCGCAACGCGGGUCUUACUUCGGCCGUACCGCGAGCUACGCUUAACGACGAAGAACUGAAAAUGCACGUCUACAAGAAGGCGCUGCAGGCGCUCAUCUACCCUAUUUCGUCGACGACUCCCCACAACUUCGUACUGUGGACGGCCACUUCCCCGACCUACUGCUACGAGUGCGAAGGGCUGCUGUGGGGUAUCGCUCGACAGGGUGUGCGAUGUACCGAGUGCGCCGUCAAGUGCCACGAAAAGUGUAAAGAUCUGUUGAACGCGGAUUGCUUGCAGAUGUGCUUCGCGGGUGCAUUCGAGAAGAGUUCCAAACACGGCGCAGCGGAGGACAAGGCCAACUCCGUGAUCGCGGCCAUGAAGGAGCGUAUGAAGCAACGAGAACGAGACCGUCCGGAGAUUUUUGAACUGAUUAGGAAAGUGUUCAACGUUGAGGAGAAGAGUCACGCGGGUCACAUGAAGGCGAUCAAGCAGAGCGUGCUGGACGGGACGAGCAAGUGGUCCGCCAAGAUCGCCAUCACCGUGAUCUGCGCCCAGGGACUGAUCGCGAAGGACAAGAGUGGCACCAGUGAUCCGUACGUCACGGUGCAGGUCAGCAAGGUGAAGAAGCGAACGCGAACAAUGCCGCAGGAGCUGAAUCCGGUGUGGAAUGAGAAGUUUAAUUUCGAGUGCCACAAUUCCUCCGAUCGUAUCAAGGUGCGUGUCUGGGACGAAGACAACGAUCUGAAAUCCAAGCUGCGACAAAAGUUAACACGCGAAUCCGAUGACUUCCUCGGACAGACAAUCAUCGAGGUGCGAACGCUGUCGGGUGAGAUGGACGUGUGGUACAAUCUGGAGAAGCGGACGGACAAAUCGGCGGUGUCCGGUGCGAUUCGGUUGCACAUUUCGGUCGAGAUCAAGGGCGAGGAGAAGGUAGCGCCGUACCACGUGCAGUACACCUGUCUGCACGAGAAUGUGUUCCACUACCUCUGCGAGGAAGCCUCAGGAGGGGUUAACCUCCCGCAGACGAAGGGAGAUGACGGUUGGAAGAUCUACUUCGAUGAGUCGCCGGAGGAGAUCGUGGAUGAGUUCGCGAUGCGUUACGGCAUUGAGAAUAUCUACCAGGCGAUGACACACUUCCACUGCUUAUCGACCAAGUACCUGUGCGCGGGUGUUCCGGCGGUGAUGAGUACCUUACUAGCAAACAUUAACGCUUACUACGCACACACUAGCACCUCGAGCGCCGUAUCGGCUAGUGAUCGCUUCGCAGCAAGCAAUUUCGGGAAAGAAAAAUUCGUUAAACUAUUGGACCAGCUGCACAACUCUCUACGUAUAGAUUUAUCCAUGUAUCGCAACAACUUCCCCGCUUCCAGCCAGGAGAAACUGAUGGAUCUGAAGUCCACGGUGGAUCUGCUAACAAGUAUUACAUUUUUCCGCAUGAAGGUGCAAGAACUGUCGAGCCCACCUAGAGCCAGCACCGUAGUGAAGGACUGCGUGAAGGCUUGUCUACGCUCAACUUAUCAGUUUUUAUUCGAGAACUGUUACGAAUUGUACAAUCGAGAAUUUCAGGUCGACCCCAACGAAGUGAAGCGCGAAGGUGAAGACCAUGGACCAAAACUAGAGAACGUUGACUUUUGGCACAAAUUAAUCGCACUUAUCGUAUCGGUAAUAGAGGAGGAUAAGAAUAGUUAUAGCGCAGUGCUUAAUCAAUUCCCGCAGGAGCUUAACAUAGGCCAGGUUUCCGCCGCAACGAUGUGGAGCCUGUUCGCCAUAGAUAUGAAGUACGCACUGGAGGAGCACGAACAGCACCGCUUGUGUAAGUCGUCCGCCUACAUGAACCUGCACUUCAAGGUCAAGUGGCUGUAUACGAAUUACGUGAAGGAGGUCCCACCGUACAAAGGUGCCGUGCCCGAGUAUCCCGCCUGGUUCGAACCGUUCGUGAUGCAGUGGCUCAACGAGAACGACGACGUCUCGCUCGAGUAUCUGCACGGCGCCUUCAAGCGGGACAAGAAGGAUGGGUUCCAAAAGAGUAGCGAGCACGCGCUGUUCUCCAACUCCGUUGUGGACGUGUUCACGCAGUUAACGCAAUGCUUCGACGUAGUUAGCAAACUCGACUGCCCGGAUCCGGAGAUCUGGAAGCGGUACAUGCGACGGUUCGCCAAAACAAUCGUAAAGGUGCUGCUUGCUUACGUAGAUAUAGUUAAAACCGAAUUCCCCGAUAUCAUGCAUGAAGAGAGAACGGCUUGUAUUUUGAUGAACAACAUACAACAACUUCGGGUCCAAUUGGAGAAGAUGUUCGAUUCGAUGGGCGGCGAUAAGUUGGAGGAGGACGCCGCCAACAUCCUGAAGGAGCUGCAGCAGAAUCUGAAUACUGCCUUGGAUGAUCUCGCAACGCUGUUUGCUAAGAGGUACAUCCAUCUUCUCCUCAUGAACUUAAUUUUCUUCAGCGCCUCACUCUCUUCUCACAGCUUGGAGCCUCGAAUCACGGGUAGUGUUCGCGAGCUGGGUGACCUGCUGCAGCAGGUCAAACAGCAGACUUCCCUGUUCCACGCACCGCCCACGGACGAUGCCAACAUGAUUGCGAUGGAAGCGGACGAAGUUCUGCGACCGCUGAUGGAUCUGCUCGACGGCUCCCUCUCGAUGUACGCCCAGUCCUGCGAGAAGACUGUCCUGAAGCGACUGCUGAAGGAGCUCUGGAAGAUAGUCAUCCGGACGUUGGAGAAGACCAUCGUGCUACCACCGAUGACCGACAGAACGAUGGUCUUCAAACACCUCACCGAUAACGCCAAGAACCUGGCAGCCAACGCGAAGAUCGAGGACAUGUCUCGGCUUAUCAAAAACCACAUGGGUGGCAAGCAGGAUGCGAAGAGUGUGCUCAGCGGUGUCAUGGAUAUCUCCAAAGAGAUCGAGAAGAAUCUGUCGCCGAAGCAGUGCGCCGUGCUGGAGGUCGCGCUGGACACCAUCCAGCAGUACUUCCACGCCGGCGGUAACGGACUGAAGAAGCCUUUCCUGGAAAAAUCUUCCGAGCUGCAGAGUUUAAAGUACGCACUGAGCUUGUACACCCAGACGACGGAUACGCUGAUCAAGUCCUUCGUCUCCGGUCAGGGCGCUUCGGAGGAAGGAGGAAUCAGUCACGACGAUGCCUCGGUGGGUGAGGUGUCGAUCCAAAUCGAUGUCUCCUCCAAUCCGGAGAAUGGCGAACAGAAGAUUUCCGUCAAGGUAAUCGCCGCCAACGAUCUGAAGUGGACCGUACCGUCCGGCAUGUUCCGGCCGUUCAUCGAGGUGAACCUGAUCGGGCCGCAUCUGAACGACCGGAAGCGCAAGUUCGCCACCAAAUCCAAGUCGAACAACUGGUCGCCCAAGUACAAUGAGACGUUCCAUUUCAUCAUUGGCAACGAGGAACAGUUGGAGUUCUUCGAGCUGCAUACCUGCGUUAAAGAUUACUGCUUUGCCCGCGAGGAUCGCCUAGUGGGGGUUGCAAUCCUCAAGCUGAAGGACGUUGUUGAUCAGGUUAGUGCCGCCGGAAGAGAAGUCAUAAGACUUCCCAUUUAUGGUUUGUAUGGUUGGAGAUGAGUGAUUGUGGGUGUGUGCGGAAAGGAAGAAUACCAUUUCUUGUCUAGGUUUCAACAUGUAGCUAGUCUCGGAACAGCUACCGAUUCUUAGAGGAACUCACGUAAGUAUUGUUUCACUUGAGAAAUUAAUUGUUUUUUACUGUUUUUCCAUGCAUAUCUGAGGAGGAUUACUACCGAAGCAAAUAAUUAUUGGGCGGGAUUAUGA